ACAGAGAGAGGGAGAAGAUACAUAAUCCAAUUUUGAUCACUAGCUAACUUACAUGCCCAACUGGUGAUCGAUCAUCAUAUUGACAGGAGCCAACAGCAUCUGGUAAAAUCCGGCCGCAUAGGCAAGGCAACCAACAGUUAAUUCCCCAUCUCCUUCAUCCCUCUGACUCUAGAUUCUAGUUCCAAAAUUCUCCUCCAAUGGACACACUUGCGUCGCAUGCAGCUCAUAUAAGUACACAUUACCCCAUGGCUCCCUUGGAGACAUCCACACACUACCAUAGCAGCAGCAGAUCAGAGUUGCACUGCUGCUCCCUGGAACCAAUGGUGAAGUUCUCCAAGCAAUUCGAGGGCCAGCUCGUGCCGGAAUGGAAAGAGGCCUUCGUGGACUACUGGCAGCUCAAAAAGGACAUCAAGACGCUGCAGGCCGCUGCUGCCGGUGAUCAGGGCAUCAGCGGCCCCGAGGCACCAGCACCGACGACGGCCGUGGCUAGCCACUGGGUGAUGAGGCUGCCGUUCCUCAAUCCCCAUGGCCACCACAAGGAGCCUGGCGCCAUACAGGUGCACAGAAAGCUGGCGAGCGCCGGCGACGACGGGGCGGUGGCCGGGGUGGUGUACGAGACGGAGGUUCUGGACGCAGCAGGGCUCCCAGGCGUGGAGGCCAAGGCCUUCUUUGGGAGGCUGGACGAGCAGCUCAACAAGGUGAACCGCUUCUACGAGAAGAAGCAGGGGGAGUUCCUGGAGCGUGGCGAGUCGCUCAGGCGCCAGCUGCAGAUCCUCGUUGAGCUCAAAGCCGCCGUCACCGAGGCACGGCGGCGUGGGGGCUCGCCGGGGAGCGCCGAUGCGGAGGACCCAUCAGUCUCUUGCUCUAUCCUGCACGGAGAUCAAUCUCUCAGGGGCAUUGCAGAGCAAGAACACGGAGGUCAAGGAAAGCUGACCAAAGAUGCUAUGGCAAAGAUAACUGAUGAAGAAGGGGAAGACCAGUUUUCCAUUUCUGAAGGUUUAGGUGAAUCGGGAAGGAUUGAGAAACCAAGAGAAGAAGUUGCCCAUAAGCUGAGGACACUCUCAGGGAAGGAGGUCACUUGCCAGGGCAGGAGCGUGAGGAUCACUAUUCCAGUAACCACACCGUCUAGGACUGUCAUCGCCAUCCGUGAUCUUCUGUUCGACGACAUGCUAAGCCAAUCAAGGAAGAAUGGCGGAAACGUCGGUGAUGGCUGUGAGAAAUUGAGCAUCAACAAGAAAAAGGUGCACCAGGCAGAGAAGAUGAUCAGGGGGGCACUGGUUGAGCUGUACAAGGGCUUGGGGUACCUGAAGACGUACCGGAGCUUGAACAUGUUGGCUUUUGUGAAGAUUUUGAAGAAAUUUGACAAGGUUACAGCAAAGGAAGUCCAGACAAUUUACCUGAAAGUCGUGGAGAGCUCCUAUUUUAAUAGCUCUGACAAGGCAAUCAGGCUAAUGGAUGAUGUUGAGGAGCUGUUUGUUAGACAUUUUGCCAAUGGUGAUAAAAGGAAAGCAAUGAAGUAUCUCAAGCCAAAUCAGAAGGAAGAAUCACACUCUACCACAUUUUUCAUAGGUCUAUUCACUGGUGGGUUUGUAGCACUAUUCAUCGGUUAUUGUAUCAUGGCACAUAUAGCUGGGAUGUACACUCAACAAUCAAACAAGGUCUACAUGUCAACAUCCUAUCCUGUCCUUAGCAUGUUCAGCCUCUUCUUUCUACAUCUCUUCGCCUACGGAUGCAACAUCUUCAUGUGGAGAAAGACACGCAUAAAUUACACGUUCAUAUUUGAAUUCACACCUACCAAAGAGCUUAAGUAUCGUGAUGUGUUCUUGAUAUGCACUACGUCUAUGACGAUUGUUGUCGGUGUCAUGUUUGCACACCUGACACUCAUUGUAAAAGGGUAUUCUUCAAGUGCAGUUCAAGCAAUCCCAGGGUGUCUACUACUGGUAUGUUCUAUUCAACAUUGCAAAUGUGAAAUUGUUGCUUAUUUUUGUCUGUUCCUGUUGUUAUAUCCAUAUGAGGCUGAUGCUUCUAUUUAUUAUGUAUUUCAGGUGUUCUUACUAAUGUUGGUCUGCCCUUUCAAAAUCCUCUACCGAUCAAGUCGUUAUGACUUCCUAAGAGUGAUCAGGAACAUCAUUCUAACCCCCUUUUACAAGGUUGUUAUGGUUGAUUUCUUCAUGGCUGAUCAGCUUUGUAGUCAGGUACCGGUGCUUAGGAGCCUAGAGUACCUGGCAUGUUAUUACAUAACCAGCAGCUACAAGACGCAAGACUAUGGAUACUGCACAAGAGUGAAACAUUUUAGAGAUUUGGCUUAUGCAGUAUCCUUCCUUCCCUACUACUGGAGAGCCAUGCAGUGCGCAAGGAGAUGGUUUGACGAAGGGGACAUAAACCACCUUGUCAACCUUGGGAAGUAUGUGUCAGCGAUGCUUGCUGCAGGAACAAAAUUAGCAUAUGAGAAUGAUAACAGUGCUGGAUGGCUGUCACUAGUCGUCAUCGUGUCGAGUGUCGCCACUAUCUACCAACUCUACUGGGACUUCGUUAAGGAUUGGGGCCUUCUACAGUUCAACUCCAAGAACCCUUGGCUUCGUAACGAUCUGAUACUUAAACAAAAAUACAUCUAUUUCUUAUCCAUGGCUUUGAACCUUCUUUUGAGGCUUGCUUGGCUUCAGACUGUCAUCCACCCUAACAUUGGAAGCCUCGAUUCUAGAGUAACUCUUUUCUUUUUGGCAGCUCUUGAGGUGAUUCGACGAGGCCAUUGGAACUUCUACAGGCUGGAGAAUGAACACCUAAACAAUGCAGGCAGGUUCAGAGCUGUGAAGGUUGUUCCACUUCCUUUUCAUGAAGUGGAAGAGGACUAACACCAUAGGGUUGCAGCACUCCCAAACAGUUGAGAUGUAACACCAACUAAUGUUAGAAAGCAUGCACUUCAGUACUAUAAUUCGAUUCAUUUUUUGGUGUGAGGAAUAAAAGCAUAAAAUGUACGGUUUGGAGAAGUUGUAUGCAAAUAGUAACAAUAAAUACACAGAAUUCAUGAGUUC